UAUGCCUACAUCAGUGAUUAUCAUGUUCUUCAUAUUGGCCUCUUCACCAAAACUAGCUCUUUCAUCAAAUAAUUUCCCCUUAGCUAAGCAUAAAUAUUGCAAAGAUAUUUGUGGAAACAUACAAAUCCCCUUCCCUUUCGGCACCACAAAAGAAUGUUACCUCUCUAUAGAAUUCUGGGUGACUUGCAACCACAAAUCUUUCGAUCCACCGAAGCUCUUCUGGGAGGAUACGGAGAUCGAAAUCACGAAUAUAUCCCUCAACGGGCAGAUGACGUUGCUGCAGCCCAUAGCGCACGAUUGCUACGAUAGGAAUGGCGUAAACACCUCCUACUCUAACACGUGGAUAGAUCUUACCGAACGCUACUUCACGGUGAGUAGUACCGCGAAUAAGUUCACCAUCGUGGGGUGCGAUACCUACGCCUAUGUCUCGGGGAAUAGGCUCGGCCGCAACUUCACAGCGGGCUGCACCGCCAUGUGCAGCUCCGAGGUUGAUCUGACGGAGGGGGAGUGCGCGGGGGCCGGGUGCUGCCAGACUACCAUUCCGAAAAAUGCGUGGCAGAUCCAAGUCGAGCUCCAGAGCUAUUCCAAUUAUACCGAUGUUUCAGACUUCAGCAGAUGCGGUUAUGCUUUUGUUGUUGAGGACUCUGCCUUCAAGUUUUCAAAGGAUAAUCUCACAAACUUGUCAAACGUUACGAGUCUUCCUAUGGUGGUUGAUUGGGCCAUCGGGAGCGGCACGUGCCAGGAGGCAGAGAGUGACGCCAGCAGCUAUGCUUGCCUCAGUGCAAACUCUGAAUGCUACAAACCUAUGCAUAGCGUCGGAUAUCGUUGUCGUUGUGCGAAUGGGUUUGAAGGAAAUCCUUACGUAGAUCUCGGUUGCAUAGAUAUUGAUGAAUGCACAAAUAAAACUCAAAAUAAUUGCACAAAGAAUGAGUACUGCAAAAAUACUCAAGGGAGUUAUAAAUGUUCUUGCCCCAAAAAUUACAAAGGUGAUGGAAUAGGUAAAGAUGGUUGCAAGUUUUUCCCAAAGGAGCAGAAUAUGAGAAUUGCAUUCAUCUUGAUUGGAGUUGCAUCUGGGAUUAUUACUCUGCUACUUGCUAUUAUCCUCCUCUACAUGGAACUCAAGAGAAGAUCGCAGAGAAAGACGAAGCGAAGAUUCUUUCUCCAAAAUGGCGGCCAUGUGUUGCAGGAGAAAUUAGCGAGGAGAGAAGCUUCACCGGAGAUGGUGACGAUUUUCAGCUCAUCAGAGCUAGAGAAGGCCACGAGCAACUUCAGCAACAGUAUGAUCAUUGGCCGAGGAGGCUUUGGCACCGUGUACAAAGGCGUGCUAGCGGACAGAAGGACCGUUGCAAUCAAGAGAUCUAUAAGAGUCGAUCCCACGCAAAUCGAGCAGUUCAUCAACGAGGUUGUUGUUCUGUCCCAGAUCAAUCACAGGAAUGUAGUCAGGCUCCUUGGUUGUUGCUUGGAAACCGAUGUUCCGCUUUUGGUCUACGAGUUCGUCAACAAUGGCACCCUUUCUUCGCACUUGCACAAUGAGGCCAAGGCGCGUGCUCUUGAUUGGAGCAUGCGUCUGAAGAUCGCUGCAGAAACUGCAGGGGUGCUUUCGUAUCUCCACUCUUCGGCUUCUACUCCGGUCAUUCACAGGGAUGUCAAAUCGGAUAACAUCCUCUUAGAUCAUACUUUUACAGCUAAGGUGUCGGAUUUUGGGGCUUCAAAGUUGGUACCUGUUGAUCUCGUGCAACUAUCCACGAUGGUGCAAGGGACUUUCGGAUACCUUGAUCCUGAAUACAUGCAGACAAACCAAUUGACUGAGAAGAGCGAUGUUUAUAGCUUUGGUGUUGUUCUGUUGGAGCUAGUCACGGGGCGGAGAGCAUUAAGUUUUAACAGGUCGGUCGAGGAGAAGAAUCUAGCCAACUAUUUCCUUUAUGUACUCAAACAAGGCCUCUUGUUUGAAAUCAUUGAUGAAAAUGUUGCGGGCUUGGGAAAUAGGGAGCAAAUAUCUGCCGUUUGUAAGCUAGCAAAAGAGUGCUUGAACGUGAGAGGGGAAGAUAGACCUAGUAUGAAGGAGGUGGCAAUGGAGCUCGAAGGGCUAAUACUCGGAGGGAGACACUCGUGGACAAGAAAUAUAGAGAAUGAAGAAGAGAUGGAGAAUUUGAUUGGUGUCAGAUCAAGUGUGGGAUAUGAUAGCAUCUGCAGGGAUCAUAUUGCCUUGCCAAUCAAUGGAGGAAGAUGAUGAUUUACUAUAGAGAUUAGAGACAACAUUUAUCUAUGUAUGUGUAGGAAGAAGUCACUUCAAAAUUUAUCAUUUUGAGAUUUUAGAACAUCUUAUUAGAAGUGAUACAUUUUUAAAUGGAAUUACAAGGAAAUUACUACA